ACCUCGUCUACACGUGAAACGCAAACUGAAGAGCAGCAACGGCGGCAGAGAAAAGUUCUCGUUAAAACUUUUUUUAAUUUCAACUCCAACAAACAAGACAAGACAAAAUGUUUAUGAAAGGAUUAAUUUUUGGGAUGAUCUCCUUUCUUAUUACAGGAGCUCAGUGUGAGGUCUCUGAAGUUCUGAUUGAAGUGGGCUCUCAGGCUGUUCUGCCCUGUAAGUGCAGCCCGUUACGCUGCAGUACAGCUGCCAUCAUCUGGAGUAAAGACAACCGAGGUACGCUCUGGAGAAAGGAAAGGAGCGGUUUGCAGUACUGGGGCUCCAGCUGGAUGGGAAAAGAGGGUGCACGUGUGCAGUGCCCGCAUGCUCAGUUCGACAAAGGGGAUUGCAACCUGCACAUCAACAGAGUGACUGAGUCCGACGGAGGACUUUACACUUGCAGAGUGCACUAUGGAAACCAGUUUGCAGAAAACCGAGUCUUCCUCAGAGUUGUUCAAGUGUCCAUCUCUCCGGCAGCUCCUCUAUGGGGACAGGACGUGUCCAUCACUUGUCGUGUGAACCCCUGGCCUACAGAAGGUUCUGUUAGCUGGAUGUUGAACAACCGUCGGUACACAUGGAAGAACAAAAUCUCCUCAAACGGGGAACAAAGUGUUGUGAAGGAAAUAGUGACAGAGAGGGUGGUGGGAAACUGGACCUGUGUUGUAGACUCCACGAAAGAAUGGCGAUACGCGCUACCUCUGUCUGUGAGAGGAAUCACAAAACCACCUAAAGAUGACACCCUGGUGUAUGCGGCGCUGGGGUCAGCGGCCACGCUACCCUGCGUCUUCUCGGCCGGCUUAAGCCCCAAGGAGACAGCCUGGGAAAAAGUGGGAUUUGGAAAUCUUGACUUGAAUCGUCAAUCUUUGUCCUCCUGGGAUCAGUCCGUCACAAUUAAUGAAGUUGAGCUCAAAGAUCAAGGCAAAUACAGAUGUGCCGGGAGCAUCAAUGGAAAAAGACUGACUCGCACGAUGCAGCUCGUCGUCGCUAAAAUCGUCCAGGCAAAGAGGAAAGGCUUUGUGAUGCUGACCUGCCAACUGACCGACACCAGCCAGGACACAGAAUACGAGUGGGUUCCUGCAAAGUAUGACCUGAAUGGCACCUUGAGAGAAGGACGGAUUCAGAGGGGACAGAGUUUUGUGAUGGAGGACAACUGGGAUGAAGUGACAUGCCGGUACUACGGGAAACAAGGACUUUUGGGGAAUGUGACACAUCACCAUCAAGUUAUGAGUGCUCAGAGUAAAGAAGAUUCAAAAGAGCGAUCGUACAACACUGGAACCAUCAUCGGGCUCAGCUUUCUGCUCGUCAUUCUUCUGCUGGUUUUGGCUCAGAUGUUCAGAAACUUCCAAAGGAGGAAAAGAAUAUUUCAGUACCCGGCGCUGGAGACAAUCGUUCACACCAUCUCCAACGAGCGCGAGGAGAGAGAAAGAAGGACCCAGACAAAAAAAAUCACAACAUUCCAGGAAGAAAUUCAAUGAAUUUAGUGAAAUUUUGCUACACAAUUCA